GGUCGUCAGUGUGGCUUUGGCAUGCACACAACAUGUAGACGGAACCGACCCGAGGCAACAAGCACGACACGACACGACACUACACGACCAUCGCCCAACUGCCGCCGCUCUUGACACGGCCGACUCUCCACGUACACGGGCAACAUGGCUUCGGCGCAGCCCUACACGUACCCCUUCGCCACGUCGCCCGACAUGAUCCGCUCGCACCAGAAAGAUGCAUACUUCUCGGGCGUGGUGCUCGAGCAGCUGUCGACGCUGCUGCGCAAAGUGUACGGCGCGCGGGUUGCGCAUACGUAUGGCUCGGAGACGCGCGUCGUGGGCGAGCUGCUGUACCUGGGGCUCACGACGCUGAUAGGAAACCGGACGCUGGGCGAGGAAUACACCGACAUUGUGCAGGUCGAGGCGGAGACGGGGCGGCUGCCGGCGCUGGGGCGACGAGCGGGCUACAUUGUGGCAUGCAUCCUGGGGCCCUAUGUGCUGGGCAGAGCAUUGCCCGCCUUUCGACGGCGAGUGCGCGCCAAACUCGAGGCCAACCUGCGCUGGUACGCUCGACAGCAGGCGCGCGCGCAGCAACACGCACAGCAACACGGCACAAAGGCGCCCACCAGGCGGCCGCUGGGCAUGCGCGUGCAAAACUACAUGGUGCGCAACCUCGACACCAUCACGUCGCCGUCGCCCGUCUACGCUCUCUCGCUGGCCACGUUCUACUUCUCGGGCAGCUACUACCACCUCUCCAAGCGGCUAUGGGGGCUGCGGUACAUCUUCACGCGCCAGGUGCCCGAGAGCGACAACCGCGCGGGCUACGAGGUGCUGGGCGUGCUGCUGGUGCUGCAGAUGGCGGUGCAGGGCUAUCUCCACCUGCACAGCACCCUCACGUCGGCGGCGGCCGUGGGAGGCGGGCAGCACCCCCAGGGCACGGCGGCCGUUGUAGGCGGCGGCGCCGAAGUGUCGCUGGACCCCAAUGCCUACAGCGCCAACAACGCCCUCUUGUUCGACGCGGCGCCGGCAGUGCCCGCGGCGGCGGCGUCGGAUGUGCACAAAUGGACACACACGCCGCCCACGGACAAGGCGCGAUACGAGCUGGGCGACGACGAGACAAUGGGGUGGAUUGGCGAAAACAACAGAAAGUGCACGCUUUGCUUGGAAGAGAUGAAGGACCCGAGCGUCACGACGUGUGGCCAUGUGUUUUGCUGGACGUGUAUUGGAGACUGGGCGCGGGAAAAGCCCGAGUGCCCGCUGUGCAGACAGGCAUGUCUGGUGCAGCAUGUGCUGCCGCUGCGGGGCUAGGGCGUCUAUGUAUGCGUCAUGGAGUGGUGGUGGUGGUGGUUGAUGUUGAUGUUGGUACAUGUACAGUAAUGGUAGACUAGAGCACCUUCUCGGCCUCGUCAAUGAGGCGCUGGAUCUCGAAUGCACUGUCGCCGGCGGUGAACAAGCUGAGCAGCUCGCUCCUCCCC